AUUUAUUUAAUUUAAAUAAGAAAGUAAUGCCUUUAAUGGAUUAAGAAGUUACGAAAUCUUAAGGUGAUGGAUAGGAGAGUUCUAAAAAGAUAUCAAAGAAGUCUGGACAUUGGAAUCAAGAUGAACAUGAAUCAUAUCUUCGUUUUUUAUAAGAAAAUGCUAAUCAUAAUAAAGGUCAAAGGCUAUUUAAGAGAAUGAGCCAAAUAAUAGGAACAAGAACACCUAGUUAAUGCAGGUAAGAUUAAAUGAAAUAAGAUUAGAUCUCAUCAUUAAAAGUUCAAUCCUAUAAAACCUAAUGGUAAGAUAACGUAAAUAAAAAUACUUAAAACAAAACAAUUAGUCAGAUUGUAUAUGAAUAAAAAUAAGGAAAAAGAUGAGGAAGAGGAUUGAAUGAGAUUAUUUUUUAUGUAAAUAUUAUAUUCAAUUUUUGCUGGU